GCAUGCGCACAAUAGCAGCCGAGAGUCAUCUCGUCCUUCCCUCAUUUCCAAUCGUCUGCUUGUAGCGCACGAUAACGUCACAGAAUUCCCUCCCCCUAAAACCCUCCGCCUCUCUCUAAACCCUCCCUAAAACCCUACCCAACUUCAAAACACCAAUUCAAAUCCUAACUCAUCAUAAUCAAUCUACACUUCAUGUCGUUGAACUCUAAAUUGAAAAUCAGCGUCUCAAACCCCAAAGUGUGGAUCGUGAUCGGCGUCACCGUCGCCGGUGUUCUGAUCCUCACCGCCGAGACGCGCCGCCGCCGAUUGAAAGGUCGGCGAGUUAGAGAAGAUUAUGGAGCUUUUGUUGAGCGGUUUGAGUUGCUUCCGUUUCCUCAGCUGCCGCCUCCUGCUGCCAAACAGGCUUUGUCUGGUUUGACUUUUGCGAUGAAUGAUGUGUUUGAUGUGAAAGAGUAUGUGACCGGCUUUGGGAGCCCAGAUUGGAAAAGAACUCACGAGGUAGCGGGGAAAACUGCUGUUGUUGUUACUACUUUAUUGAAGAAUGGGGCUACUUGUGUUGGCAAAACUGUCAUGGAUGAGUUAUCUUUUGGGAUAACCGGAGAAAAUUCACAUUAUGGGACCCCAACAAAUCCAGCAAUGCCAUCUUAUAUUCCCGGUGGAUCUUCUAGUGGUUCAGCGGUGGCUGUUGCAGCAGAGCUUGUUGACUUUGCUAUUGGUAUUGAUACAAUUGGGGGAGUGAGAAUUCCAGCUUCAUUUUGUGGCGUUCUUGGAUUCCGGCCUUCACAUGGACUUGUAUCCACUAUAGGGGUUCUGCCAAAUUCACAGAGUUUAGACACUGUUGGAAUAUUUGCUCGUGAUCCUUCUAUAUUGCAUCGUGUCGGACAUGUUCUUCUUCAAUUAAAUCCAGUGGAACCUAGAAGGACAAGGCGCAUAAUUGUGGCAGACGACUUAUUUCAGCUAUCUAAAGUUCCUCAGCAGAAGACUGUAUAUAUUGUUAGCAAAGUAACUGAAAAGUUAUCUGGUUAUCAAGCACCAAAGCAUAUGAAUAUCGGUCAGUAUAUUUUGUCAAACGUUCCAAGCCUAAAAUAUUUCCAUGAGCAGACAUCAAAUCUACAAAAUGGAACACAUACUUUGAAAGCUCUCUCUUCAGCAAUGUUAUUAUUACAAAGAUAUGAAUUCAAAACCAAUCAUGAAGAAUGGAUUAAUACAGUCAAGCCUAAGCUAGGAUCUGAUGUGUCUGAUUAUAUUCAUGCUGUAAUUAAAGCUAAUCAUGAAAAUAUUAAAGCUUACUACAAAGUCAGGACUGAAAUGCGAGCAGCUCUACGCAAUCUUCUAAAGGAUGAUGGAAUUUUAGUUGUUCCUACGGUUGCUGAUACUUCACUAAAACUUAAAUCAAAGAAAACUUUAUUAACAGAAUUUCAUGAUAGGACAUUUUCUUUGUUAAGCAUCACCACAAUGUCCGGCUGCUGUCAGGUUACUGUUCCUUUUGGAAAGCAUGAAGAUUCUCCGAUUGGUGUUUCUUUUAUUGCAAAUCAUGGAUCUGAUAAAUUUCUUCUAGAUACUGUCUUGGACAUGUACCAGUCAUUACAAGGGCAAGUUAAUGCUGUUACUAGUUUGCCUCCAUCUUUAGACUUAAAUGGCAACAUGGAGGCUUCUGAAUUGUUGAAAGAGAAGGGAAAUGCUGCAUACAAGGGAAGACAGUGGAAUAAAGCUGUAACCUAUUAUACUGAAGCUAUUAAGUUGGAUGAAUCCAAUGCUACUUUCUACUGCAACAGAGCAGCUGCCUACUUAGAAUUAGGAUGCUAUCAACAAGCUGAGGAAGACUGCACCAAAGCAAUCUCACUUGACAAAAAGAAUGUAAAGGCUUACUUGAGAAGAGGAACUGCUAGAGAAUCAGUUCUUUAUUACAAGGAUGCUCUUCAAGAUUUUAAGCACGCGCUCGUGCUAGAACCCCAGAACAAGGCUGCCAAAAUGGCUGAGAAGAGGCUACAGAAGCAAGUAAGUUGAACUGCGUCGGCUGCUUGAUUUUGAUAAAUAAUCGCGUGAGAUGGGUUUCACCAUCGGGUUUUUGAAAAUCAACACGAAACGAGUUGGCGGGUCGAAAUUUGGUGUCUGUUAUAUUUGUGUCCAAUUUGGCCUCUUGUGAAUCUAUGAAACCGUAAUUGAUUUUGUGGUGAGCUUUUCUAAACAUUUUCUUGUGAUCUUGAGCUCUAUGUGCUAUACAAAGAUUUGUUUCAAACUAAUCUGUAAUCAUGUUUA